AUGGUGAUGCUGAUGAUGCUCCCCGUCAGUGCUUCAUCUUCAUCUUCAUCCUCAUCUGCUUCUGCGUCUGAGGCCUCGAGUCUGGUUGCCAAGCCCUUGGCACGAAAAUUCAAGACUGUGGAAAAAUACGUGGCUAAGAUGCGACCUACUGUGCUCAAGGGGAAAGUGAUUGGCUGCAAAGGUGCCUCGGGAAAAAUGGUCAUGAAGGUCGUGAGGUAUUCAGCAACAAAUUACCAAUACUCCUUUACCGUCAACCUCAUGAAGCUCCAAAAUGGCGGAGCCUUACCUGCCUCCGUCGGUUACGCCACUGCCUGCACUGGUAGAACGAAUGCCGAUAUGAUAUCUUGGCAUAACCUCACGACUGACAAGCAAGGUCGCGCCAAGCGUUACAGCUUCCAAGGCUUUGCAUUUUCCGGGGGGCCUCUGGCUGACGUUCAUCGGUGCAGCUGCUGA